AUGUGCCGGACGGAGGUUUUGGUUAAGUGUUGCUCUUUUGACUGCCACGCUCCAGGAGGACCUCCAGGAAAAGAUGGAGAUUUUGGCGCCAAGGGAGAAACAGGAAGACCAGGAAUGCCAGGAGAGAAAGGAGAUGUCGGUGACAUAGGCAGCGUUGGAGAUCCUGGUCCCGUUGGUUACAGUGGAAUGAAGGGAGACCGUGGAGGCAGAGGAGAAAAGGGUGAAAGAGGACACAAAGGCUACAAGGGAGACAAAGGUCAUAGAGGAAAUGAUGGAACUGAUGGACGCAAGGGUGAAGAUGGUUACGCCGGUCUUCCCGGCUGUAAAGGAUCUCCCGGAUCAGAUGGUCUGCAGGGAAAGCCGGGACCAAAGGGAGACCCAGGUUCUUAUGGACUGAAGGGAGGAAAAGGAGAUCCUGGGACAGACGGCCUUCCUGGAAGGCCUGGAAACUACGGCCCACUGGGACCUCAGGGUGAGCGGGGCCCUCGCGGAAACAACGGGGACAAAGGAGAGCGCGGUGAUGAUGGCCCACCAGGACAGGAUGGAAAUCCCGGCGAAGGAGGAAAGAUCGGAGAGAAGGGCGAGCAAGGAUCCCGCGGAAACAGAGGACCGAGAGGAGAGCCGGGGGAGCCAGGACCCCGUGGAGAGCAGGGGAGGGAGGGCUCAACUGGCCCCAACGGAGACCCUGGCGAGCCUGGCAGAGCCGGGUCUCCUGGAUACAGAGGAGACGAGGGUCCACCUGGACCAGAAGGACCAAAAGGACCGAGAGGAAUCAAAGGAGCUCCGGGAGACAGAGGCCUGAUGGGGGAGAGGGGGGAAGAUGGUGUUGCAGGAAAUGGCACUGCAGGCUGUCAUGGUUUCCAGGGUUAUCCUGGGCAACGUGGAGACCCGGGGGAGCCUGGUGGUAAGGGAACUCCUGGACCCAAAGGCGAUGACGGAGACAUCGGAGAUUCAGGCCCUGAUAACGACCAACCAGGACCUGAUGGACCUCCAGGGGCCAAAGGUCACAGAGGACCCGAGGGCAACCCGGGACCUCCUGGGCCUCCUGGACCACCAGGAACUGAUGAAUGUGAAAUUCUGGAUAUCAUCAUGAAGCUCUGCUCUUGUUGUGAGUGUAAGUGCGCGCCUAUGGACCUGGCGUUCAUCGUGGACAGCUCAGAGAGUAUCGGAGACUCAAACUUUGCUCUCGCUAAAGACUUUAUCAUCACAGUCAUAGACAGACUGACCAAAGACCAGCAGCUCAAGUUUGCAGGUAAUGAGUCCGGGCUCAGCGUGGUCCAGUACAGUGGAUCCAAAGCCCAAGAAGUUGUUCGCCUGGGCACCCACGCUGCCACCCUCAAUGAAUUCAAGCAAAAAGUGAGAGAGUUGCACUGGCUGGCCGAGGCCACGUACACAGGCGAGGCCCUUGAAUUCGCUCUGUCCAACACGAUCAAACUGAUGACGCAUGAGAACAAAGUCGUGCUCGUUCUCACAGACGGACGUUCUGAUAUCAUCAGGGACAAAGUUCCCCUCAACGUUCUCUGCGGUAAAGACCUCCGGGUGGGCGGUUUGGGAGUGAAGGACUACUCCGGCCGCGAGCCCAACCAGGAGCAGCUGGGAGAGCUGGUUUGUAAGAGCGAUCCCAAACCAGGUUUUUCCAUCGUGCUGGACAACUAUGCCGUGCUGCUCGAGGACACUUUCCUGCAGAACCUCACAUCCAGAAUCUGCCUAGAAAAGAGAUGCCCAGACUACAAAUGUCCCAUCUCUUUCACUGAAAGCGCCAAUAUUUUGAUGAUGAUGGACAGCUCGGCCAGCGUGGGCCAGAAGAACUUCGAAACGAGCAAAAUCUUUGUCGAGCGUCUGGCCGACCGUUUCCUGACCGCCCCAAAAGAGGGCCGAGCCAACGUCAGAGUCGGUCUGGGCCAGUACAGCCGAGACGCCCGCAUGGAGCAGGACCUAACGACCAACCUCACCCUGCUGGUGGAUCAGACCCGACAGGCCGCCUUCCAGAACGAGGGCACCAACGUGUUGGAGGCCAUGGAAUUCGCCGUUAAGAGUUUACGCAGCGGCGGCCGUGGGGACGCCGCGGGAGCAAAGAAGAAGCUGGUGCUGUUCUCUGACGGCCGGUCUCAAGCCAUCACCCUGCCGCAGCUGGAGAAGCGCGUCGCUGAGGUGGCGGACGCCAAAGUGGAGCUGUUCGUCAUCGCCGUCGGCAGCCAAGUCAACGAGGCCAACCUGCGCACGCUGGUGAGCCGGGGGCGGCCGGAGGAUAUCACCUACGCCCAGCGCCACCUGUUCCGCGUCCCAGACUACGCCUCCCUGCUCCGCGGCGUCUUCCACCAAACCGUCUCCCGCAGGGUGUCCAUGCCCUGAACAGCAACACGCUUUAGAUUUUUAGUCCCAAUAUGAAUAUUCACUCAUUUACCAAACACUGUGUUCGAAUUCUUUAAAGAAAAAAAAGAGAGAAAUGUCACAAAACGACAAAUGAUUGUGUGGCAGACAAACGGAAAUGUCUUCAAUUCCACAGGGACUUUUUUUUUACCCUGAGCUGAGCAGCCGAGGCAGAAUAUCUCCGUCUGUGCAGUUUUCCACCUCCUCUACUGGGACCAUUCGACUAAGUCAUGGUGCUAACCUAAACCUUUUUUGGAGAUUUAGAGCUCUUUGUGACAGCACACAACUGUGAGGAAUUACUGCCUGGCAAGCAACGUUCAGGGUAAAAAAAGUCCCUCUUUCGAAGGCGUUGCUUCAGUCCUGGAGAGCCGCCAGCGAUCACCACAGCGUUUAAAAACAUUGGGCUGAUUUGCACUCAGGUAUUCUGCAUCACUUUCGGCCGCUCUGGACCCUCGACUCUCAUCAUGUGAGCUGAUCUGUUGUCUCUCCAGGACUGAAGCUCCCGUCUUCUGAAGAAUUUGUUUUUAGGGUUUAAUGUGGACUCAUCUUUUUAGCUCUUACAACUCUUUCAAGUGGUGUCGGGUUUGUGUUUUGUGACGUAAGAAAACCAAAAAAAUACAUACAAAUUCUGUGACACGUGCUUGUUUUACUUGAGGAGAAAUCUGCAGCUUUUUAUGCAGAGAUCCAGUCAGUGUUUAUGGUAAUUGUAGUCUGCUGAAGCAAUAAAUCCUUUAGCGCCUGCUGUACUGCGCAAAAAAGCUGAGUAUUCUGUGCCUACAUGUACCAUGAUGCAUUGCACAGCCUUUUCUGCAGUUGGAAACAAAGCUAGUUUGCAAAAUGAGCAAAUAGAACGAAGACUUUUUAUUUUUGAGGGUCAUCUGCAGCACGCCGCCUAGCUACCUGAAGGUGAAACUACGUCACUGACAACCUUCACGUGCACAAAAUAUUUCCGUUUUUUGCUUCUCGUCGCUCCCCUAUGUUUAGAAAUGGAUGUGCGACGUACAAACUGCAAUAAAAACCCCAACAUAUUCCAAAUGUGUCCAAAGAAUGCUUUUAACACCCAAUAAUACCACGAUAUGCCACAUUUCGUGAUCGGAAAGCACUAAACUUGGAAAAAAGCCUAAUUCAGAUUAUCAAAGUGGAAUAUGUUGUGCACAUGAGCGAAUUCAAAUUCAGACACAGUCGUAUCUGGAGUAAUAGUCGAAUAUUAGGCCACAUUAAGACGAGAACAGCUUUACUAGAAAUGGAAAAGUUUUUUCUUUCCACUUUUAAAAAAAUCUGUGUUCCGCAAAAACGGCCAAAAACGUUGUAGUAUGCAAGCCAGGCCAGUAGGGGCGCUAUAAAAUUGUAAUGACACACCCCAGAAGAAGAGCACACGUGAGCGUGAAGUUUGGCCGCAGGAUCAUCGCCUGUUUACACGGCGGCAGACGGAGUGGUGCUUUCAAAAGACAGUUUCAAGUGUUUUUAGGCCCCAAACCGCAACAAAAGUUUGAUGCAGGAGUCGUUUCCGUGUAAACAGCCCCUCAGCGUGCGUGUAAACGAAGUCUCUAUCACGUCAAACGUCGUCACUGGAUGCAGGAAGAGCGACAGAUUUUACAGCUGCAAACUCAGCGUUCUCUAUACAGCACCGUCACCGUUAACACUGAGUGGAGAUCGAUAUAAAAGUUUGGGAAUUUUCCCUUUAAUAAAGACAGCUGGCUCAUGAUUGGCCCUUCAGCUGUAUUUUGGGCUGCGCCCCUUUAAAGCGAAAUUAAAAGGUCAGUUCGAAAGUUUCUCCCAAACUCUGUGAAAACUCACCCGACAUCACUUGAAAGUUCUGUUCGAAACAGGAAAUGACAUCAGGCAAACAAACCCGUCAGCACUUCACCUGGUACUAAUGAGGACGUGACAGCUGGACUCAACAUGUGUGACUCUGCCCGAGUGUGUGUCUGUGUGUGUCUGUGUCUGUGUGUGUGUGUGUGUGUGUGACAGCACAUCAAUUACACGUAUGUAGAUGUGUUUUUUUUUAUGUGUAGCCUCAGGCGAUUGUUCUAUAAACAGUUGUGCUCAGGUCACUGGUUCAAAUGACACAAAGCUGUUCAUCUUUGGCCACACACACACACACACACACAUACACACACACACACACACCUUCGUGCUUCAUCAGUGAGGUAGGAAAACAUCUGUCAGGUUUGAAGGCUGGAAAAGAAACUUAAUGGGACUCACACACACACGCACGCAGAAGACGGUUUGUACCUUUACAUUUCCACACCUUCAGUUCGGCUGUCGUCAGCGGCUCCGCGUCGCUGUGCUGUUGAUAUUAUCUGUGGUGCUAUUAGUCUCAGCGUAUCCGUCUCUACCCAUGUCGUUAAAGAAGAUAUUUUUACCUGAGGACGCAAAACCUCAGUCGUGUUGUAAGAGCUCCUUCAAUAAAGGUUGCUACACCAAA